AUGACGAUGAAGCAAAUUGUACUUACACCACUCAGAGUAGUCCGGAAUGCACUCUGGGGGGUUCCACCAUCCGACCCCAAAGAGAGGAAGUACUUGUACAAACUUGACACUUUCGUUCUCACAUACGUGUGUCUUCUUUACUGGGUCAACUACCUUGAUCGUGCCAACAUUGGAAAUGCUUAUGUGUCCGGUAUGCGAGAAGAGUUGAACUUGAGCGGUAAAGAUUUCAACAUCAUCAACACCAUUUUUUACAUUGGCUAUAUUAUCACGAUGAUUCCACAUAAUUUAAUCUUGUUGAAGAUCAGACCGCGUUACUGGUUGACGUUCUGUGCUAGUGCUUGGUCUCUUCUCACUUUGGGGACAUACAAAGUGAACUACUUUUGGCAGAUAUGCGUCAUCAGGUUCAUACAGGGAAUGUUUGAAAGUUGUAUCUUUGGUGGUGUGCACUUGAUUUUAGGGUCCUAUUAUACCAAUAGUAGAGAUUUGGUUCUUCGUACUUUUGUUUUCACCUCAAGUGGUUUGGUUGGACAAAUCUUUUCAGAAGUUCUUCAAGCCGCCAUCCAUGAACAUAUGAAUGGGUGGCACGGAUUAGCAAGUUGGAGAGUAUUGUUCAUUAUGGACUUUAUGUGCAGUUUUCCUAUAGUCAUCUAUGGCUUCAUCUUUUUCCCAGAUGCGCCAGAUAUUGGUAAGCCUUUUUAUUUCACAGAGGAAGAGCAUGCGAUGGCAUUGGAGAGAUUUGUCAAGCCCAAGAAUCACAAGUUUGGUUGGGAUGUGUUUGCCCGUGUUUUUGGUAGCUGGCACUGGUACUUGUUUGGAAUGUUGUGGAUUGUUGGUGCCAUUAAUGAAUCAUUUGCAACCAAUAGUGUCUUUGCGAUAUGGUUGCAGUACUACAACUAUCCUAUCGCGGAUCGUAAUCAUUUCCCCAUGGGUGUGUUUGCUGUUGGGGCGUUGUCUACUGGAGCUGCUGCAUAUUAUGUACGAAAUGUGGGUAAUGGAAGACAGCAUUGGCAGGUAUCAUUGAUCAUUGCAGUUCUUGUUUUGAUUUCUCCGAUUCUUCAAAUCACCAAACCAUUUUCAGCGGCGUUCGUUUUCGUUGCUCAAUACUUGGAUGGUGUAUCGUAUGCUGCCCAAACAAUCUCCUUUAGUUGGGCGAAUAUAGUGUGCGCCGAUGAUUUACAAGAGCGAGCAAUUGUAAUCAGUUCUAUGAAUAUGAUGGGAAACACAAUGAAUGCGUGGUGGUCAAUUGUGUUUUUCGCAGCAGAUACUGCACCAAGGUUCCAUAAUGGUGCAAUUGCCCUCAUGAGCUCUGCUGCUGCUACGAUAUUUGUCGUUGGGGCCAUCGCGUAUUUGCAAAUUAGAGAUGAAAAGAGAAAAGAAGGUCUUGUUUGUGAAACAGAUCCCGAAGGAUUGGAGGUUGACAGUUACCCUGAAAAGAAGUUCUGA